AUGCCGAACUUUCCCAAGACCCUCGCACGCUGCGACAUUGUAGCACAGCUUUCCACUUCCUCAAGAGGGACUUCACAAAAAUGGAUACCGAAAGGUGUUGAACCGACGAGGAGGGCGCCGGGGCCCUAUACAAUUACACCCGACUUGAUACGGACGAAUCGUACAAUUACCAACGGUCUUGUCUUGUCAUCCUGUCGCAUUCAAGAGACGCGGCGGCUUUCUAGUCAUGUUUUGCGACAUCUGAUUCACACACAAUCUUCGCUGUCAACAAGUCUAGAAACAGAGAGUUCCGAAGAUAAUCUCACGACGAAUAUACAAAACGAUGGCUUUCAAUUUCAUCCUCUACCAAUCCGCCAGGUCAAGAUCGAUGCGCCUCGCAUAACAAGGUACGAAUCGCAAAGUAUUGAGAGGAUAAAUCCGAAACGUCAAAAGGCCGCAUUACAAGUAAGAGAGAAGAAGUUUCUCUGGGUCGACCCGAAGCUUGCGUUGAAGCAAAUCAAGAACCCCAUGAAACACUACACCAAGGAAGAGGCUGGCAUUCCUUUCAAGGUCAAAGAUUCUGUCAGACGUGCGGAGUUAGCACUGCGAAAGCAAGGGAGGUUCAUCACAAAACAAGCUUUCGACCAUGAUAUCAAAAUUAGGCUGUCGACGAUGUUCUCCGUCGAAGGAGUUCCCAAAGUAUGGAUUUCUUACUUCAACUACCUCUUUCAAUGCAAACAAGACGGGAAGAUGGACUCCUGGCAACCGCCACCAGUCAUCGAUACGGGCACCCACCAGCUAUUUAAUCUUUUACGGGAGAAAGGUCUGGAGAGUUUCAGAGAACAAUGGGAGGUAUAUGGAGAGCGUGCCAAAUAUAGGCAAUGGCCUCUUGUUGCCCUUCAUAUAUUGAGCACUUGCCCUUCCCUGAUGCCGGACUUUUUGAUAGGCACAGACUGCGCACCAUACCCACCAUUUGCAAUGGUAAGCGACUGUAUGGUUUACAUGCAUCUGUUCCACAAAGAAGUUGAUCACAAUGCUCGCAAAGCCGCUAUUCUUCGCUGCAUGGAUCCGGACAGAUGGCCGGUCGUGAACCUUCCACAACGUGGCGUCAGGCUAUACGCGAUGACUGCGGGCAAGGAAAAUGCUUAUAGAGCCAUGGAAAUCAUGCGUUCACGAGACUCGCAGGUCUCAGCUUACACCUUGCUCGCUUUCAUGAAUGUAUGUACACAAGCUGGGGAUGUCGACAAGGCGCUGGAGUGCCUCCGCGCGAUUGCCUUAGUAGAGGAUCGGCAGGGACUUUCAAUGAAUUCGGAAGGUAUACUACGCCACUGUUGCAAACUUCUUGAAUUGGAUGAAGUCGUGGAUGAAAACGGCGUACGCAAUUUCAAGAUCCUGCCACAAAUUCUGAAGCUGGGAGUGACUCCAUGUCUCGAGAUGAUGAAUGUGGUUCUCUCGAACGCUUUCAAAACCGGAGAUCCACAUCUUGGUCUUGACAUGUUAGACUACAUGAAGGAACAGGGCAUGGAAUUCAGCUCCUAUACAUACAAUAUCCUACUCACCGAUGCUGUGGCUCSCCMAGAUCGAGAUCGGGKUGAUGCUCUCCUACAUGAAAUCAACCUACAUCCAGAACUCAAAGAUAAUCGAUUUAUUGCUUCCAAGGUAUUCCAUUCUCAUUACGUCUUUGGUGCCAAGGAUGCCUACCGCUCAGAUAACCCGGGCAGACAUCUUAUGGAUAUGUUGGAUGUUUAUUGUCGCUACUACGACCCUACACCACUCAAAGAACUUGGGAUCAUUCCAGAACGAUUCAAUACGAUGGAUAUCCCGGCAGAAGACCAACCAAGCACAAUCAUCUUAGUGAUCAUGAUAGCAACGUACCUAAGAUGCAACCCGCGACAUGUGGCAACGAUGCGGCUUUAUAAACGAUUUUGCGAAUUAGUCGCCCAGAGACAUCCCGUUAUCGCACCACUUGUCCAACAUCCACAAGUAUACAACGAGUUUAUCAUCUCUUUUCGCCCAUAUGGUUCGGAUCUGAGGGAUUGUGUCUCGAUAGUGGAGGACAUGAUCUGUGCCGAACCUUUUGAGAUCGACGACACUGUCAUCCACCCAGCGAAGCCGAACGAUUUUACAUGGAAUACUUUGAUGAGUGUAUUUGUCUCUCACCGCGAUAUGGAAGGUGUGGCUUCGGUUCGGGAAAUCAUGCGACAAAGCGGCAUCAAAUUUACCGAUGUAACCUGGGCCACGAUUAUCAACGGAACAGUGAGAAAUCAGGAUAYCCCCGCCACGAUAGCUGCGUUGAAAGAGAUGGAUGAAGGCGGAUUUGCGCCUGACAGCUAUACGGUCAAAGCGUUACGUCUUGCUCAUGACCCGGAGCGACUCCAGGCUGCAAUCGAGGCUCUUGAUAAAGAGACAGAACAGCUCGUGGAGCAAGAAAUGAAAGUCAUAGAGCGUGAGAAUGAUGAAUUGAUGGAUCGGGGGCUCAGGCGUCUAGCACUUGCUUCGAAGAAGUAUUAG